CUUGAAUUUCGUAGGUCAUGGCAUACUUCUCUCGUUUUACAGGCUCACAAGCUCACCUCCGAAAGUUUACUGAAGAGCCCUGAAGUCUACCAGUGAUUGAACAGCAGUCCAAUGGAAGAACAUCCUAAGUCCGGUCGAUCCAGUCGCAUCACACUCUUCCGAAGAGUUCGUGAUCAAGGAGUCCUGAAUGACGAUAUUAGAGACUGCACAUACAAUGGAUCGGGAACCGAAAGCGACCCUUUUGUGGUCACAUGGAUCGAAGAUGAUCCUGUCAAUCCGUUGAACUACUCGCCGGGCAUGAGAUGGACCAUCACAAUGCUCGCCGCGGUCUCAACACUGGCAGUUACCUUCGCUUCAUCCGCAUACUCUGGCGGCAUCGUCCAGAUCAUGCAAGAGUUUGAGGUUUCGCAGAUUGUCGGCACACUUGGGAUCUCAUUGUUCGUCCUAGGUUUUGCCAUCGGCCCAUUGAUUUGGGCUCCUUUGAGUGAACUGUACGGCCGCCAGUACCUUUUCUUUGGCACUUAUCUCGCUCUCACUGUCCUCAACGCUGGCGCAGCUGGCUCCCAGAACAUCGAGACUCUGGUUGUCCUGAGAUUUUUAGCUGGUGCUCUUGGUUCCUCACCCCUGACGAACUCUGGCGGUAUCAUUGCGGACAUGUUUCCAGCGUCUCAGAGAGGUCUUGCUACGAGUGUAUUCGCUGCUGCUCCGUUCUUAGGACCUGUCAUCGGCCCAGUUGUCGGAGGCUUUGUAGGUCAAUCCAUUGGCUGGCGCUGGAUUGAAGGUGUUAUGGCUAUUUUCACUGGUAUCCUUUGGGUCCUGUGCAUUUUCAUCGUACCCGAGACCUACGCCCCUAUCCUCCUGCGCAAGCGCGCUAUAGCACUGUCAAAGCGAACCGGACAGGUUUAUAUGAGUCAGGCCGACGUCGACCGGGGCACAAAGUCGAUAGGAUCCGCGUUUGGAACCGCUCUCACUCGUCCUUGGAUCCUACUCUUUCGCGAACCCAUCGUUUUCCUGCUGUCCAUCUACGUGGCAGUCAUCUACGGAACACUCUAUAUGCUCUUUGGCGCCUUCCCCAUAGUAUUUCAGCAAGGUCGCGGAUGGUCGCAGGGCAUUGGUGGCCUGUCAUUUGUUGGCGUAGCCGUGGGCAUGAUUGCGUCUGUUUUCUACUCUAUCUGGGAUAACAAGCGAUACAACAGGGUCAUCGAUGCCUCUCCGUCUGGGGUCGCAGCACCCGAAGCCCGGCUUCCGCCAGCCCUUGUCGGCUCCAUUGCCAUGCCCAUUGGGCUCUUCUGGUUCGCUUGGACGAACUCAACCAGCAUCCACUGGGUCGUCAGUAUCAUGGCUGGUGCUCCAUUCGGAUUUGGAAUGGUUCUUGUCUUCCUUUCGACUCUGAACUAUCUCAUCGACUCGUACUUGAUCUACGCCGCUUCAGUGAUUGCCGCCAGCUCAGUUUUGCGAUCACUGUUUGGCGCUGCAUUCCCGUUGUUUACCAGCUACAUGUUUAGGGACCUCGGAAUCCACUGGGCGUCGUCAGUUCCAGCAUUCCUGGCCUUGGCUUGCGUUCCCUUUCCUUUCCUAUUCUAUAGGUACGGUGCUGCGAUACGUGAGCGCUGCAAAUAUGCUGCCGAGGCUGCAGUCUUCCUGAAGAAGACGCAGCAAACGAGUUGAAAGUGGAGAUUAGACAAACAUAGUCAGGCUGUAG